AUGUCGAAGCCCUUGGAGCUGGAGAAGGAGCGAGUGGAGCUGCACGGGGAGCGCACGGACACACAAAGGAAUGGACCCGACACCAACCACCAGGCCCAGCAGAACAAACCCCCUCCCUUCAGCCCAACCCCCCCCGCGCCCGGAACCAAGCUGAUGCUGGCCGGGAGCCAAUUGGCUGGGCUGGCCGCACUGCUGCCCCCCCCCCAGCAGCUGCUGCUGCACCAGGCUCAGGCUCAGCUGCUGGCGGCCGCGGUGCAGCAGCACCCACCGCACCCCCCCCCCGCCCCGCCCCCCCCCACCCCCCCCCACACACAGGGACCCCCCCAGACCGGAACCCCCCCGGCCAAUGAGGGAGCCCCACAGCUUGCACUGAGCCAGCCCAUCCAGCUGACAGCGCAGGACAUCCAGCAGCUCCUCCAGCUCCAGCAAUUGGUGCUGGUUCCCGGGCACCCCCUGCAGCCCCCCCAGUUCCUGCUGCCGCCCGCCCAGCAGGGACAGCAAGGGCUGCUCCCCACCCCCAACCUCUUUCAGCUACCUCAGCACAGCCCCGGGGGGGGGCUGCUCCCCAGCCAGCCCCGGGGGGGGCUGCCAGCACAGGUAUGCCCUCGAGCGGGUGCCCCAGACCCCCCCGGGCCCCCCAAGUGUGUGGACCCCCCCCCAGCCCCCCCCGAGGAGCCCAGUGACCUGGAGGAGCUGGAGCAGUUCGCACGCACCUUCAAGCAGCGGCGCAUCAAACUGGGAUUCACCCAGGGUGAUGUGGGUCUGGCCAUGGGGAAGCUCUAUGGGAACGACUUCAGCCAGACGACCAUCUCCCGCUUCGAGGCCCUAAACCUCAGCUUCAAGAACAUGUGCAAGCUCAAGCCCCUGCUCGAGAAGUGGCUCAAUGAUGCUGAGACCAUGUCAGUGGACUCGGCCCUGCCCAGCCCCCACGCGCUGGGCUCGGGGUCCCUGGGGGGGUUCGAGGCCCUCCCCGGCCGGCGCCGCAAGAAGAGAACCAGCAUCGAGACCAACGUCCGGUUCGCGCUGGAGAAGAGUUUCCUGGCGAACCAGAAGCCGACGUCAGAGGAGAUCCUGCUGAUCGCGGAGCAGCUGCACAUGGAGAAGGAGGUGAUCAGGGUUUGGUUCUGCAACCGGCGCCAGAAGGAGAAGAGGAUCAACCCCUAUGGCACCGGCACCGGCACCGGCACCGGCAGCAAGGGGCCUGCAUACAGCCCACAUGUGGUGACCACCCCCAGCCCUGGCGUCAGCCUCCCGCUGCCCCCGGCCUCCAGCAGCCUCAGCACAACAGUUCCCACCUUAUCCUCCACAUCCGGGUCCCUCCGGGGGGGGGGGCCCCCCGCGACCCCCCCCCCCCCCACCAGCACAACCCCGACCCCCCCCAGCGGCGCCGUGGGGCUGAGCCUGAGCCCGGGUAGCUCAGUGCUUGGGGUGACCGCGGGGCUCAUGGCUACCAACCCGCUGGCCACCAUCCAAGCCUUGGCCACUGGUGGGACCCUGCCCCUGCCCAGCCUUGAGGUGCUGGGGGGCAGCGGGGGGGGCCCCAAGCUCCGCCCCCCCCAUGACGAGUAA